CAUUGCAACUGUCAAAAUAUUGACGUAAUAAAUUUGUGGUCCAUUUUCAUUUUCCCCAGUCGAAUUUAACAAUUUUUCUAUUUGUUGCAAUUCUGCAAAAAUUCCAAAAAAAUAGGAAACGCAAAUCAAUAUCAUGAAAUAAUAAAAAUUCGAAGUUUAUAAACAAAUUGCGGCACGUCGAUUUCAAGUACGGAUGCGUGUUUAGCUGCAAUUAUUCGUACAAGCAAAGGGGCGGGAGUGUCCUCCAGUAUAACGUUUAUCAUCUGCCGUGUAAAAAUACGAUAAUAGUGAGGCUUUAUUGAUAAGUACGAUUAACCUACAACAUACAGCCCGCUUAAUUGUUUUCCAAUUGGAUUUAAAAGGAAGUGUUCUGUGCCGUGUCGUGAAUUGUGAUUUUGUCAAACGAGCGGUUACCAAAAGGCAGUUAGCUUGAGUUUUGGGAUAGCGCUCAAGGUACUGCUUUGCCGACCAAAGAAAUGUGCGAUUCAGAUGACAGCAAAGUACAAAAGUGGACAUGCGAUUAUUGCACCUAUGAAAACUUUCCCUCGUCGCUUAAAUGCACCAUGUGUAAAGGUGCGAAACCACUGUUGAAUGAGGAUAUCUUUCGACUCAGUCCACCGCAAACUGCCUUUGGUGGCGAGGAAGAGCGUGGCGCUACUGCAGAUGUCGUUGAAGCAUCUAGCCUCAACGCCUGCUAUGCACAGUCGCGGCAAGAUGUGCCCGCAACAACAACACCUGCUACGGCCUCCCCAUCCGCUUGCGCUAAAUGGUCCUGCAAGAUGUGCACCUACCUAAACUGGCCGCGAAGUUUGCGUUGCGUACAAUGUUGCACCAAACGUGGCACAGCUGUUGAUAUUAACGUCGAACAAAAUUUGUGCAAUGCAGGUGAGGCGGCCGCUGUUUUAUUGCCUGCUACUGGAAAUUUGGAAGCAAUUGAUGGUCCGCACAGUUAUAUAGUUGAAAAGAGAACAAAAACCAUUGAUGUCAACGAAACAACAGCCACAGCAGCUAAUACCACAAACUCAAGUGCAAAUUUGUCGAGUAACCUUAAAGAACAGUUAAAAUCAUUACGUAUCACUAAUGAUAUGGAAUUGAAUGCUAGUAAUAACGCGGAAUCGAAUAGAAAUGAAGCCAGCAGUCAUAUUGAACAAAUUCAUAAAAAAGCGAGUAAUAGCUAUAUACAAGCCGUGGGUGCCGCUUCAAAUAGGCUCAGUCCAUUUGAGCAGUCCACCAAUGCCAAUAUGAUUGUGGCGACAAACACAACAACCGUUAAUACAACACACUUAAAUAAUCUUGCAAAUACAUCGCAGCAGCAGCAGCACCAACAACAACAACAGCACAAUCAGUCGUCCACAUCGUUGCAAAACUGUUAUGUAGCCAAAUGGGCCUGUAAUACGUGUACUUAUGAAAAUUGGCCAAAAAGUCUUAAAUGUUCUAUGUGCGGUGAGCCGCGUGAUGGCAAUGCAACCUGCAUAGCUUCCUUGGGCGACAACAAUGCCAUCACAACAACAUCCGGCUCGGGCAGCAACAAAUUCCUCAAUAUAAAGGAUGAAAACCAUGACAUGACUGUGUCAACGAACAAUUCAUUCAACAAAAAACAUAUUUACCAACUAGGUUCUUCUGAGACUAUAAACAACUGUGAUACGGUGCAAGAGCGUCAAGAACGGCGUCAACGACAAAUAAGACGACAAGUUGAUUGGCAAUGGUUAAAUGCUUGUCUGGGUGUUGUGGAGAACAACUAUAGUGCUGUAGAGGCAUAUCUGUCUUGUGGCGGUAAUCCUGCACGUGCUUUAACGGCGACCGAAAUCGCCAUAUUGAAUCGUAAUUCGGCAUUUGACGUCGGUCAUACACUCAUACAUUUGGCGAUACGUUUCCAUCGCGAAGAGAUGUUGCCCAUGUUGCUUGCACAGAUAUCAGGCUCGGGGCCUGGCAUUAAGCGUGUACCUUCCUAUGUUGCACCGGAUCUAGCCGCUGAUAUACGAAGGCAUUUUGCUAAUACGCUACGCAUGCGUAAAACUUCUUUCAAUUGCUUGUAUGUGCAAGAGCAUGCGACAUUCGCUUUGCCAGCCGAGAUCGAGGAGUUGCCCAUACAAAUACAAGAGCAGCUGUAUGAUGAGCUGUUAGAUCGUGAUGCGCAGAAGCAGCUUGAAAACCCGCCACCCGCACUCAAUUGGUCACUGGAGAUCACCGCACGUUUGGGCUCACGUUUGUUGGUAUUGUGGAAUCGUAGCGCUGGCGAUUGUCUAUUAGACUCAGCCAUGCAGGCCACUUGGGGUGUGUUCGAUCGCGACAAUACACUGCGUCGCGCUUUGGCAGACACCUUGCAUCAAUGUGGUCCCAUUUUUUAUCCACGUUGGAAGGAAUACGAAAAGUGGCAGGCAUCUAUGCUACACUUUACACUGGAAGAUGCCCAAUGGCAAGAGGACUGGAGCAAUUUGCUAUCGUUGGCCAGUCAACCGGGCUCAUCGUUGGAACAGCUACAUAUAUUUGCUUUAGCACACAUAUUGCGUCGACCAAUCAUAGUUUACGGUGUAAAAUAUGUGAAGAGCUUUCGUGGCGAAGAUAUCGGCUAUGCGAGAUUUGAAGGUCUCUACUUGCCGUUAUUUUGGGAUCAAAAUUUCUGCAUAAAAUCACCCAUUGCACUCGGUUACACACGUGGUCAUUUCAGCGCUCUAGUGCCAAUGGAGCCCUUUGCUCGCAUCGAUCCACGCAGAGAUGAACCGGAGGAUGUGCGUUAUCUGCCGUUGAUGGAUUGUGAAUCAAAACUUUUUCCAAUACACUUUCUAACUCAGGCUGAGAUGGGCCGCGAAGAGGCUAUAAUGCGACAAUGGUUGGAUGUGUGUGUUACAGAUGGCGGUCUGCUAGUGGCCCAACAGAAAAUACGUAAACGCCCGCUAUUGGUAGCACAAAUGCUGGAAGAAUGGUUGAAUCACUAUCGAAGAAUCGCUCAAGUCAUAACAGCACCUUUUGUACGAAGACCUCAACAAACCGGCUACUCCAGCGAGGGCGACUCCGAUGAAGAAUAGGCACGCGCACAAACCAGUUGCAGUUCUUCGUGGGCACAGCUUUCGCGGCGUUAACAUUAGGCCAAUUAAGCACGAAAUAAAGUGGUAGUGUAUACUUCAUAAAAGAAUCCCAAAACAUAAACUGAAUACAUAUAUGCAAUUAUUGAAAUUGAAAUAACUAAAAGUAUGAAUACCUAGAUAACUAACAUGCCGUUAUAUUGAUUAAAAAAAUUGAAGCAUAUUUUACGUAGUUAAUGGAUAUUGCGACACUUACGUAUUCGUAGGUUUGUACGAUACAUACAAUAUUUACAUAUUUUACGAGAAAAAUGCAAAGAGAAAAAUGUAGCAAAUAACAAAAAAAAGAAAUCAUAUCCGUUUCCAGUUCAACAUAACGCGUUGAUUUUAGUAAGCAAGCUAAAAAAAUGUAAUCUAAAGGAAACGUAAAUAUAAAGAGCAAAUAAUAAGAAA